CAGUGUUCUCUUCGUGAGAUAUAUAUAAACGGAUCCAAUUUCAUAGACAACCACUUCAUUGAACCGUAGCGGGAGCGACUUGGGCCGACACCGGUUGAUAAAGCGCCAUCUGCAGGCACCUGUUGAGAGUUUAACCAUGGCGGGGAUACACGAAGGUCCCGAGUAUGGGAUCGGAGACUUUGUACUGCUGCGAGAACUUACAUUCGAUGCUUUUAUGGAAAAUCUUAAACUCAGGUAUGAGAAAGGCAAGAUCUACACGUACAUCGGGGAGGUGGUCGUCUCCGUCAACCCAUACAGGCCAGUGGAUUUAUACAACCAGAGUUUCGUGGAACAGUACCGAGGACGGGAGAUCUACGAGCGGCCUCCACACAUCUUUGCACUGGCUGACAAUGCCUACAAGACCAUGAAGAGAAAUGCAAGGGAUACCUGUAUUGUCAUUUCAGGCGAGAGUGGUGCAGGAAAGACAGAAGCAUCCAAGAUUAUUAUGCGAUACAUUGCUGCUGUUACCAACGUGAGCGGACAGAAGGAAGUAGAAAGGGUAAAAGAUGUCCUCAUCAAGUCCAACAAUAUUCUGGAAGCAUUUGGAAAUGCCAAGACCAACAGGAAUGACAACUCAAGUCGAUUUGGCAAAUACAUGGACAUCAACUUUGACUUCAAGGGGGAUCCAGUUGGUGGUCACAUCAAUAACUACUUGCUGGAAAAGAGUCGUGUUGUGUACCAGCAGGAUGGCGAGCGAAACUUCCACUCCUUCUAUCAGUUACUAUCGGGAGCACAAGAUGCCCAGCUGAGCAAGUUAAAGUUGACCAGAGACCCCACGCAGUAUCAUUAUGUGAGACAGGGAGGGAGCGCUAAGGUUGAUUCCAUCAAUGAUCGGCGUGACUUAAAGUCUGUGAUGGAUGCCAUGAAAGCCACAGGGUUUGCCUUCUCACAUGUGGAGACGUUGUGGAGCAUCGUGGCAGCAGUCAUACACCUGGGCAACGUGGAGUUUGAUGUGGCAGAGGAAGACGUAGCAUGUGUAGGGAACCAGUCGGUCAGCAACAUCAUCGCUGGGCUUCUGGAGGUGCGACCGGACCAACUGGAGAAGGCACUGUGCUCACGCACCAUCGCUGCUGGCGGGAACGUUGUGGAGAAAGGACUCACCAAGAAGGAUGCUUACUUUGCCAGGGAUGCCUUUGCUAAGGCCAUCUAUGACCGCAUGUUCUCCUGGAUAGUUGGCCGCAUAAAUGAGGCAAUCGACCCCAAGGCCAGCGGAGUCCGAUACACCAGCAAGGGUACUGUCAUCGGCGUGCUCGACAUCUAUGGCUUCGAGAUCUUUGACAACAACAGCUUUGAGCAGUUCUGCAUCAACUACUGCAACGAGAAACUCCAGCAGCUCUUCAUAGAGUUGGUGUUGAAGCAGGAGCAAGAGGAAUACAUGAGGGAGGGCAUCGAGUGGCAGCAUGUGGACUACUUCAACAACAAGGUGAUCUGUGACCUCGUGGAGCAGCCCCAUAAAGGUGUCCUGGCCAUCCUAGACGAGGCCUGUCUCAGUGUCGGCAAGGUCACUGACAAAAUGUUCCUUCAGGCCAUGUCUCAGAAGCUGAACCACAGUGACAGAUUCACCUGCAGAUCGCUUGUGCCAUCCGACAAGUCCCUGGAACACGACAAAGACUUCCGUAUUAAGCACUACGCUGGUGAUGUCACCUACUCCGUCGACGGCUUCAUCGACAAGAACAGGGACACUCUCUACCAGGACUUCAAGAGGCUUCUGUACAACAGUGACAAUGAGCUGAUCAAGUGUAUGUGGCCAGAAGGGAAGCUGUCUGUGACUGAGACCACCAAGCGUCCCAUCACUGCCGGUACCAGUUUCAAGAACUCCAUCAUCUCCCUGGUCCAGAAGCUGGCCUCCAAGGAGCCCCACUAUGUCCGGUGUAUCAAACCAAAUGAGAUCAAGUCCCCAGUGGUGUUUGACGACACGAGGGUGAAGCAUCAGGUCAUGUACCUGGGCUUGAUGGAGAACGUCCGUGUGAGGAGGGCUGGGUUUGCCUACAGGAUGGGCUACACCAGGUUCCUGCAGAGGUAUAAGUGUAUAACAUCCAGAACGUGGCCCAAGUUCAGGGGAUCUGAUUUUGAUGGAGUCAAGAGUAUCAUACAGGAGCUGAACUAUGAAAGUGACGUCAAAUACGGACGCUCGAAACUAUUCAUCCGAUCCCCGCAGACACUCUUCUCACUGGAGGAAGUCCGUGAUUCCAAGAUACCACCAAUAGUGCUCUUCCUGCAAACGCAUUGGCGAGGUGGCUUGGCCCGAUCACGAGUGAAGAAGAUGAGAGCCAUCUACUUGAUCAUGGGACGCUUCAGGAAAUACAAGAUGCGGUCCUACAUCAUGAGCCUUGUUGAGCGUUUCAGGAAUGUGAGGAACAAGAGGGAUUAUGGGAAGAGUGUCCAGUGGCCACGCCCCCCGUCUGUCCUGGAGGGACUGGUCAGCAUGCUGCAGAGAAUACACAACAGGUGGAGAGCAAACAUGAUACUACGCAAUAUUCCCAAGGAGGAUCGGCCAGCUCUCCGCCUCAAGUGUGCAGCAUCUGAUGCACUCAAGGGUCAGAGGUUAGAUUACGGCCUGAAGCGGAAGUGGGAGAGCAACUACCUAUCUUCGACCAAGGACAACAGCUCCACGCAUGACUUUGUGUCCCAGAUGAGUACCCUCAAGGGUCAAGACCACUACAACCGGGUGCUCUUCUCAUCAUUUGUCAAGAAGGCCAACAAGUUCAACAAGACCGCUGACCGGGGUGUGGUCAUCACAGACAAAUACAUCUACAAACUUGACCCCAAGAAGAAGUUCAAAGCCAUGAGGAAGGGGACACCUAUCACAGAGAUAACAGGUGUGACUGUUUCUCCAGAGCGAGACCAGCUCAUUGUCAUCCACCUUUCCAGUGGCAAUGACCUUGUCCUCUGUCUCCAGAGCAAGGUCAAUGAGGAGAGAGUUGGGGAGUUGGUUGGGUCACUUGCCUCCUUCUGGCGCAGAACAUACAAAAAAGAACUGACAGUCAACGUAGCAAAGAAUGUGUCCUGCAUGCUUGGGAACAAACGUCGAAAUAUCUUUAUCCGAUCUACAGCAGUUAAUGGUGGGCCGGUGUUCAGGAAGGAAGGAGCAGACUUGGCACUUAUGUGGCCGUCAUCGUAGCAACGUCAGAUCACAGAUCAAUAGCCUGUUGUCAACACUGAUGUGGCCGUCAUCAUAGCAACGUCAGGUCACAGAUCUAUAGCCUGUUGUCAACACUGAUGUGGCCGUCAUCAUAGCAACGUCAGGUCACAGAUCAAUAGCCUGUUCUCAACACUAAUGUCGCCGAUCAUCAUAGCAACGUCAGGUCACAGAUCAGUAGCCUGUUGUCAACACUAUUGUGGCCGUCAUCAUAGGAACGUCAGGUCACAGAUCAGUAGCCUGUUGUCAACACUGAUGUUGCCGUCAUCAUAGGAACGUCAGGUCACUGAUCAUUAGCCUGUUGUCAACACUGAUGUUGCCGUCAUCAUAGGAACGUCAGGUCACAGAUCAUUAGCCUGUUGUCAACACUGAUGUGGCCGUCAACGUAUAUAUAUCUAUACUACUGGACACAAGUAAUUGUGUAUAUAUACACAGUUUGAAAUGAGCAUGUCUGAAAUUAUAGCAAACCAUUUGCUAAGUAUUUAAAUUCUAACAGAAGUAUACGAAUUUAAAGUUUGAUGGUUUCAGAUCAUAUUAUUAUGUAUAUUAAAGAUCACAAUGCCCAUAUAUAUUCCAGCUUAUUGUUAUAUAACAGCUUAUAUAUUUAAAACCUUUCCAAACUUAUCUAGGGCAGUAGGGUAAGUGUUUGCUUAUCUCAACAAAGCAUUUCCUGUGCCCUCUCAUUAAUGUUGCUGAAAAUGGUGUAAAAGCUUAUCUAAAACUAUGAAUAAAAUAUAGACCCAGUUAUUUUUGUCCACUAGUAUACAUGACAAGAUGAUACAUGUCAACAUUUGUCCAUUUACAAAGUUCGACUAUGCUUGUCGUAAGAUGCGACCAACGGGAUCGGGUUGUUAGGCUCGCUGACUUGGUUGACACAUGUCAUCGUAUCCCAAUUGCGCAGUACGAUGUUCAUGCUGUUGAUCACUGGAUUGUCUGGUCCAGACUCGAUUAUUUACAGACCGCCGCCAUAUAGCUGGAAUAUUGCUGAGUGCGGCGUAAAACUAAACUCACUCACUCACCCAUUUACAAAGUUACUGAUUCUCACACAAAAUCAUUCAUUGUGUGGUGGACAACACUGAUUUAUGGACAAUAAUAACACUUCUCUCCAUUUUGCAGUAUAAUAUUUCAUAUUGAGGUUUAUUGAUGUCAUGAAGUGUGAUGUAUUAGAUGCAGGAUGAUUAUGCAGAUUCUUUGGAGAUGUUUGCAGUGCUCAUAAUGCAUGUUUGCUUUAUCGAUCUGCACAAUUGCAGUAUCAGUAUGCAUGUUUGCAAAAUCGAUAUUCAUGUUUGCGUAUCAAUCGGUAUCGACAUAUUGUGAUAUAUCAGCAUAUCGUUAUACUCCUGAUAUCACUGCAAUGUAUCAAUGUUAUUUUUACAGAGUCAAUAUAUUUGUUAUUUUAUUCAUAUUGUACAUAUGUAACUUGGUGCAGUUUCUAAUUUUAUGUCAGCAAGGCAACAGAGAAGAUGUUUGUCAUAUCACCAGUGCAUGCUUCGAUCCAUGUAUGAAAUAUCAUCAGGGUAUUUCAAUUCAGGACAUCUUAGUCCUUCAAGAACUUCAUACCUUCAUCAUGAAACUUACUGAUUGCUGCAUUCACUACCUUUGAAGUGUUUUUUGAUGUAAUGCUUUUUUGCAUGUUCAGUAAUGCCUUACAUGAGUUUGAAACUGGGCUGACAUUGAAACAAAUAUACCAGUACAGCCUGUGCAAGUCUGGAAUAUAUGAUAAGUUACCACGGUUUCUGAAAAUGAAGAAAGUCCUUAGGGCUCGAUUUUAGUAUAUUUUAUGAAGAAAUAGAGGAUCUGUUUCUUUUCUGUGUAAUAUGUUUAUAUCAGAGACUGGAUGUUAGGCUUGUUUGAAAUCUGAAUAACACCUUGGAAGAAGUACUUUCUGAUGUUCAAUAAUGCCUUACCCAAGUUGAACAAUGCCUUAAGCCAGACUUUAACGUGGACAAUGCCUUGGUUGAGAGGAAUGUGCCUUACAUUGCUGAAGUAAUGGUGACUUAUUGGUGCAGAAAUCAACAAGAGUGUCAGACAUCAUUUAUGUGUACACAUUGUAUCCACAUUUAAUAUCAUAACCAUUUCUCUGGGAGACAUGCAGUCAGAAAGCUUUUGUCCAUCCAUGAAGGAAGCCUUGGUUGAUGUACCCUCUGGUAGUUAGACCCACCUGAGGACCCAUUUACAAGUCUGUUACCACACACCCCAUUCUACUGCACGUGUCUUGUACAUGUAUGCUUUGGUCCAUAAGGAAACAAACAUGGAGUUAUUCCCCCUGAUCUUUUUUUUUUGGUGUGUGUGUGUGGAUAAUAUGGUAUAUUGGUGUCCUUCGUCUUUAUUAAUGAUUUGAGAAUUGCCAAAUAUGGUAUUUUGCAAAUGUAAUGCUAACUGUUCGGGUGUUCGAGCAGCUAAAUGCACCUUACAUAUUAGCUUUGUUCAUUGAAAAUAAUGAAAUGGGUCUCAGCUAAUCAAACUUUGUUUACAUAUGUAUAGUAACGUAAUAGAAAGUGUCCAAAUUAAGCUUGUACUGAUGGUUAAAAUGUAUAACAUUGUUUGACCAAACACCUCAAUUUGUGACCGUUAGAUGUAGACGUAUUUAGAAGAAAAUGAUUUUGUGGUUUAGCAGAAAGUAACGCCUUUUGCAGUCAGUGGUUACAGCUGUAGGUUUGGUAGUGACGUGUGGACUUCCCUGAAGUGAUGCAGUGUGGUUGUAUGAGGUGACAUUGAUGUCCAUAUAUAGGGUUUCAAUCCCUGUGUGGAUUGGGUGGUACAAAUGGCCCCAUACGCCUGUUGAUAGAGCUGAUGAAGAUGGAUCAGGACUUUUGUUGACUGAAUAAAACUGUGGGUCAGUGCUCAUGUUUUCAAUCACCAGUUUUCCUCACCAAUGCUUAACUAUUUACAGGCUUGUGUGAUUCCUGCGUAUCAGAUGCCAUUCAACAACAUUCUCUGAUGUUAGGGGCGGUAUGUAGCCUAACAGUUAAAGCGUUCGCUCAUCAUGCCAAAGACCCAGGUUCAAUUUCCCACGAGUACAAUGUGUGAAACCCAUUUCUGGUGUUCUCCCAGUAAACCCAGACACAGCUGCUUCUAGUUGCCAUAGUGUAGAUUUCAUGUCUGUCAUUGUACAAAGUGUCCAUACAGAUUUGUCGUUUGACUAUUGUACAUAGUUGUAAUAUUUCAUGGAUUAUGAAGAUCUGAUAGAAAUACGAAUCAUUAAGUGUAUGAGUGGUGUUAAAAUGUCAGUCAAUUUUUGUGUAUUUUUAAUUUCUAAUUUCAAUAGGUAUAUAUGGUUUGGUUAUGGCUCUUCACAAGAGAGAGAUGCUGUUCACCUUAAUGAGAUCUCUGACUUGGAUACUAUAUUUGCUGAUUUGAAUAGUAUGACUUUAAGACAGAUAAAUAGUAUAGUCAUUUAUUUAUUGGAUGUGUGGUCAGGAGUGUGAAGUAAGGUGGGUUUUAAGACUUUAUCAUCAUUUUUUUCUUACUUAAACUUUUUAUCGUCUGAUAUUGUUGCACAUGAAAUCCCCAGGCUGUCAGUCGGUUCAAUGUUAUGAAUGAGAGCCUGAACACACCUACGCAGGUCCAUCAAGUUUUAGCAAAAUAAACAUGGAGAUGCAUAUCAUAUCUUCAGUAGUUUGAAACCAAUUCAUGUCAAGAUCUGGGGCCUAUUCCUCAAAGCGAUCUUAUCGCUUACCUCCUAUACUUUGACAUGGGCUUACAAUCAUCAUAGCAGUAAGAUGGCUUUGUGGAAUGGGGCCCUUUGUUACCAUAGUCUGCUUAAUCAUAUCUGGGGGUAGCCUUGUGGUUAAAGUGUUGGCUCAUAACGCCAAAGUCCCGGGUUUGAUUCCCUACAUGUGUACAAUGCAUGAAGCCCAUUUCUGGUGUCUCCUGCCAUAAUAUUGCAGCAAUAUUGCUAAAACUCUGGGUAAAACUAAACUCACUCACUCACUCUAGUGUUGCUAAACUUAACUUGUACACAGGAACAUGUCACCAUGUUGGGGAAGAGAAUAAACUAUAUACUUCACCCCAGUGCCAGUAUAUAACAUGUGUAUUUACCCUGUAAUUCUGAUUUCUGUGAUUACUUGCUUGGCUACUUGUUCUACAAUCAAUAUAUUACAUAUGUGCCUUCUAUGACAUUAACUUUGUUACUCUGACACCUGCUGAUCCACAGUCAGUUUUAUACAUAUCUAACCUAUAUAGAUGUGCUGGAGUUUUUCACAGCACACUUAUCAACUGUUAUAUAAGUCUAUUCAUAUUAUGUUACCACAUAUUUCUUUAUAUAUUGUACCGAUUUACUUACAUUGCCAGGUUUAUACUGAUGUAACUUUUGUAAUGAAUUAUUACAUUAUCAUUAUGACACACAAGGGGCAAGGACAGGGAAUUCUAUGGAGUUGUGUCCCUUAGUUGUGUAUGGAUCCAAUGAUUAUGAAUUUGUUCCCAAAUCCCAAUUGUUUUGAUUGUCAUGUUGUCUUUGUGCAGUGUCUUUAUGGGUUGCAUUUGUCACAUCAGGCCUCUGGCCCAUAUUUUGUUGACAAGCUGUGAUAUAACUGAAAGCAGUGUAACUCAACUCUUCCAUGGCAAAAGAGACCAACACAAGACAAAUAUUGAAAUGGUUUUUCCCAGAUAUCUAGCUGAUACAAAUUAACCAGGUGUUGUUUCCAUGCAUGUUUUCAGGAUUGUCUUCAAACUUACAUAAACAGUAAAAAGAAAUCCUGAAUUGUUGGUUCAUUAUAUUUACUAAUUUAAUUCUGACCACGAGGGGGAAUUCUGACCUCACUUGGUACUAGAGCCUAUAGAACAGUCAUUGAGUUCAUUGCUAAACGGAAAGCAUGUGUCAUGAAUCUUUGUGGAUUAGUCCUGUAGCAACAAGGAUAGGACUAGAGAUAAAAGAGCAGUGUCAUGCUAGAGGUUGUUGUAGAGAUAUAUAGAGAUAUGGUUUGCUUCAUAACCAGAUUAAAUGUUGCAUCUGCAAAAAUUUAGGCAAAAUUAAUUUGUGUUAAUAUGGACAUAGAGGAUUGAUAUGCUUAUAUAUAUGAAAUUAUUAUGAAAAUAGUUUCGUGUUUUGGUUUAGGAAACAGAAUCUAUUACUGCAGGGACAUACCUCAGGAAUUUGAUAGGCUGGAGAUCUUUCCUGUGUUGUAGGGCCCUCACAAGAAUUGGAUUUGAUUCCAGAAGAAUGUCAUGUAUUUGCCAGGGUGUGUGGGCUGUGUAAAAAUAGGAUUACAGUGAAUGAGAUUUUGUUUAGUACAGCAGUGAAGUGAUUUGUCAUGUAAGAUAACAGUGAGGUGUUUUUGUAAUAACUUGGUUUACAAAUCCCAGAGGAACAAUUUUACAUGUGGAAUACAUAAAACUUUAAGUCUCCUAACCUUGAGGAAUAUAUGAUUUUAAUCAUAAAAAAAAUGUUUUCCACAAAAGAUUCCAUUUUUCUAAUUCACUGGAUUUAUUUUUUUCAGAAAAUCUGGUAUGUUAUUUAUCCAUUUCAACCACUGAUCAUUUUGAUGUUUAAAAACACUCCACAAAAUUCAAACUAAUUAUAAAUUAUUCCUUUUGAAUCGAUGGUUGAGUAGUUUUCUUGUAAUGAGCCAGUUUGCAUGGUGACUGUUUGCAUUAUAUCAGUAUACUGGCGUAUGCAGAUAUUGCGAUAUAUAUAAUAUGAUAUAGUAUGACAUAUAUCACCCCAUGAAGACAUUAAUCAGUGUGACCUAUACAACAGGAUGUGCCUAGUGUCGUGUACUUUCUAACACAGGGUGUUACACAUGGCGUGUGAUGACCAACUUUAUAUCUGUAACAAGCUUGUCAUAUAGCCAGUGCUGGGACAGUGACCUGUGUCCAUAUCUAUUGACUUACAUUUAUUGUUAUAUACUUCUAUAAUUGUACAGUUAUUAUUUAAUAAAUCAUAAAAUAAA